UUGAAAAAAGCAUGAUUUUAAGCCAUUCUUAGAGUGGGUGGACUCAUGGGAUCACAAUGCUUGGAAGUAUUGUUAUAGUCAUCUACCCUACUCGAACCUACAUGUUGGGCCCUGGCACAGCACCCUUGUCCACCUCAGAUGUGUGUUUCAAUCAGCAACAAAAUUUGUAGCUGCUUCUGUGAGUGAGAGACUGGCAUUUGUAAUAUUAGUCCAAACUCCAUUGUGAGUCAGGGCACAUAUAGCUGAAAGAGAGACAAAUUUUGCUGGUAUAGCAGACUUUAGAGCUCGCUUUAUAAUCUCUGUGCCCUUAGGGCAAGGAAGUGUGAUCAGAAUACAAGACUUGACAGGUAAAUUACUUCUCCAUUUCUCCAUUCUCCUUCAUCUUCUGAGAGAGACAAGGACAGCCUAGGAAUUGCAGGAUUUGUCUGAGACAUGAGACUACAGACAAGCAGAUACUUUAAUUUGGUUGUGUUUGAGUAUAAUGCUACAGUUGCCCCCACAGGCUGGGAAGUCCAUUUGAUCAGGCAGAAAUGUUAGUUUAAUCCUGCCAUGACUAUUGUGAGCAGCCAAUUACACAGUGGGGACUUGAGGUGACAUAUCUCCAGGGAACAGGGAUCACAAUGGAAAAUAAAAGUAGUGGUGUGAGAAACCUCUGCUCAGAAUAAUAUCCCAGUCUCGACCCACAGCCCUAAUUGAGCUCAUUGUUCGUGCUGAAAUCUCAACAAUGUAGACGUGUAAAUUACCAUAGGCUUCAAAGUUAAUAGCCCCACUGAGAUUAAUGAACGCAGCUCAUAUUUCUUGGUUAUUUUUGUGUCUCUGCAUUCUCAUGCAAGCAGUGCUGCGUGGUGGGGGGUACAUUUAUAUAAUUAUAUUUGCCAGAAGGACGACUAGGAACUUAGGCUGUGCUUCUGCAAACUGAUUCGCGUGGCUCCGCUUAAUAUUUUAAAAAUGAAAGAUCCAGUUUGAAAAUCAUGACGCUGCCAGAGAAAUGUGGCUAAAAUGUACUGCUGCGCCCCUUCCUCAGUUGGCCCCCCGUUCUGUGCACAGAGCAGUGUGUGUUAUAUGUCUACUGUACACCCGGCAUCGUGUAAAAUGCAGGAGGGGGCACUUGGCCAGGCGUUCAAUGCCUGGUGUGCACCGACCGGGCAGCGUGUCGUAGGCAUGGUGUGCACGUGGCAGGAGUUUGGGUGGAUGGCGUAGCCCGUAGCGAGCCCUCCGGCCGCUCCCCUGCCCAUGGGGCAGGUUAAUCUCCGCAGAAGCCUGGUGUGGACAAACCUCAGAUGAAAGCCCGUGUUGCCCCCGCUUCGCACUUCAUGCCAGGGAGUUGUGGCCCAGGGGAGCCUCCAUACCUCCCCCCGACACCCCGCCCUCCGGCAGCUCCUUGGGCUCGUGGAGCUUCCACCCCUCAGGAGCUAUGUCCUGUGGGGGCCUCCGUCCCUCGCCAGUAACGGUCGCCUCCCUCGACGGUUGGCCAGGGCUCCGCGGCCACGAGCUGCCAGGAUGGCUCAUUCUGUCCCUCUCCCCAUACCUUGUCCAGUCCAGCUUGGUACUAUCAAAAACGAUUCAUUGGAAGCUCAACUGCACGAAUAUGUUAAACAAGGAAACUAUGUUAAAGUGAAAAAAAUCCUGAAAAAAGGUAUUUGUGUUGACACAAUUAACUCCUUGGGCCAGACUGCUCUGUUUACUGCUGCAUUGCUAGGUCUUGGUAAACUAGUAGGUGUGCUCUUGGAUUAUGGAUCAGACCCAAAUCACCGCUGUUAUGAUGGGAGCACCCCAGUACAUGCUGCAGCAUUCUCAGGAAAUCAAUGGAUUCUCAGUAAAUUGUUGGAUGCAGGAGGUGAUCUGCGAGUACAUGAUAAAAAUGGAAGAAAUCCGCAGUGCUGGGCUAUGUCAGCUGGAAAGGAAAGUAGUGCUCAGAUGUUAGAAUUUAUACGGCGUUGUGCAUCACACAUGCAGGCUGCAAUUCAGAAUUUCCCCUCGGAUUUACUUAGAAAGGUUGGUUCAUCAAAAGUACUGGUCUGCAAUCCAUCUAGAUUUGGUGGCAUUACUCAAGGAAAUGCCAGCAGUCCUCUGUCUAGACUUCUAAAAGGUGGAGCGAAUUCAUCAAGAAACAUCUACAGUUUUGGCUUUGGGAAGUUUUAUCUAACAGGCAGUAGGCAGCUAGGGUACCUGGCAUCUCUCCCUAUCAUUUGGGAUAAAGAAGUGGUUCAGGCAGAUGAUGAGCCAACAUUCUCUUUCCACACUGGACCGUACAUGAUCAUGACAAAUUUAAUGUGGGGCAGCAGCAGAGUCACAGUGAAGGAGCUCAGCCUUAAACCACAUCAGAAUUGUAGUAAGCUACGUUUAGCUGAUCUUCUAAUAGCAGAACAGGAAUAUAGCAGUAAACUUCAUCAUCCUCAUUUGCUGCAAUUGAUGGCAGUUUGUCUGUCCAAUGAUCUGGAAAAAACCCGUUUGGUGUAUGAGAGAGUUAACUUUGGUUCACUAUACAGCAUCCUUCAUGAAAGGCGUUCAGAAUUCCCAGUAUUGCACAUGGAGACAAUUGUGCAUCUACUGCUUCAGGUUAAUGAUGCUUUGAGGUUUUUGCACUCACGUGGAUUUAUCCACCGUUCACUCACCUCUUAUGCUAUACAAAUCGUUUCUGCUGGUGAGGCAAAGUUAACCAACUUGGAGUACAUGAUAGAAAGCAAGGAUGGAGGGGACCACAGUGAUCUCACACGUGUUCCUGUCCCAGCUCAGCUGUAUAAGUGGUGUGCUCCUGAAGUGAUCCUCGAAAAGGCCACCACAGUCAAAUCAGACAUUUAUAGCUUCUGUAUAGUAAUGCAGGAAGCCCUAACAGAAACUCUUCCCUGGAAUGGGCUUGAAAGCUCAGGUAUUAAAGAACUCGUAGUUUCUGGGCAACAUUUGGAAACUGAUGUCAGGCUUCCUAACCCGUACUAUGACAUUGUAAAGACAGGUCUAGAGCCUAAACAAAAGGACCGCUCCCUGAGUCUUCAGGAUAUUCGCUAUAUAUUGAAGAAUGACUUAAAGGAUUUGAUUGAGUCUCGAAUUGGUCGCUCUGAUGAAAGCUCAACUGCACAAAGGCAUGACAUAUUUCCAGAUAUAAACAUCUAUUUGGGGUCCUCAUCUAAUUACAAGAGGGAAAUGCUGGAGCUGCAAGGAGAGGAGAUAAUAAAGACUGAUGGCAGCUUUACUGCACCAAAAUGUUCAGUUUCUCCUGCUGAAAAAGAAACCAUCAUAGAUCAUGAGGGUAUAACUUGUAUUCAGCCAGUUACACAGGAUCUGAGCCAAGAUAUAGCUUCUGAACUCCAGAGGACCUACAGUGUUAGUGAUAUGGACGACAGCCUCUGUAGUUUUGAAAUCAAUGAAAUCUAUACAUGUUAUCCAGAAUUACAUGAAGAUGUUCUGGAAGAACUAGCUGGAUUAGAUCGUGCUUUGGAAGAUCAAAUAAAACAGCAAAAUGUAGACGAGAACAGGACUGUCUCCCAAAUCCUACCUCUGCCUCCUAAAAUACAGUUAGUGGAGCAGCCAAAUUCUAGUGAGGAAGUCAGCUCUUCAGAAAUGGGUACAGAGUACAGUAUAGAGGAGGUAGAGAGACUAAGUGAGGCAUCUGAGUCAUGCAUGCUGCCCUGGUUGGGAGCAGAUGUCAAGGAAAGUGUGCGUAGCCCAUCCAAAACUGAGCAGCACAUCAGCAAAUGUGUCCUUAAUCUCAAGAUUUCUCAGACUUUAUUGCAGCAGGCAACAGAUUCCCUUUACAGAACGGAGGUGAAAUUAGACAAAUUAGAGACUGUUCAAAACCAACACAAGCUGCUUAAGGAAAUCCAAGCAGAUCAAGUUUCUAAGCAGAAGUCCAUAGAGAGCUACUUAGAUAAAAUUGAUGAUAUUCUCAAAAAUAUCAAGAUCCCCUUUUCAGGAGCUGAUGCUUUUUUGUGGAAGGCAGUAGGCCCUCCAUCAAGGAACUAUAUACCACCACCGCUGCGAGUGCCUGGGGUGCAAAGUGCUUUGGAGGUUGACGAUUUCCAGGCUAUCUCAAAAGCUGUGAAGGAACCAAGGGCAAUUCAGAGUGAGAAGAUUGAGUGCUUUGAUCAAAGGCAUAAGAAUAAAGAUAAUGACUGCCAGGAUGAUUUCAGCUCCAACAUGGUGAAGAGUACUGAGGCUCAAGUAGUGCCAAACUAUCAGCGAUUGCAUCCACGGUUGGCUGUAAGACGGAAAAAAAAUGUCAACUUGCAACACCAUAGAGGAACUGAUUCAAGUUCUGGAGGAAGUGGAAUUGAGGAAGAGAAAUGGUUUUUUCCAAAAUCAGCAUCUGAAAUUUAUAACACAAGGAGAAGGGAGGAGCAAAGGAUGGUGCAGUCAGAAUGGACGACUGAAGUGAAGCAAAUGGCUAAAAGAGUGGCGUCUGGGCAGCUGGGACUUCUCCCUCCAUAUCCGCCAAGUGAAUGUACCUCAGAAAGCGAGGCAGAAAGUGUGAAGGAAGCCUUUCCACAUAUCACCUUCAGGGGCCAAGAAUGUGCUGGCCGGCAGAGAAAGGAUGAUAGGUGGCACACAGGCGAUGGCACUGAAACCCAGGAUCUGGGCAGGAAGGAGAUGGAUGAGUCAGAGGAGAGUGACUUGGAGUCUGUAUUCAGAAGUUUUGCAGGCAGAAGUUGGCAGUCUCUAGCAAAAGAUGAGCAAGCAGAGUGCGGAGCAAACCUUCCUAAGAAUUCAGUCAGUACAACAGAAGCUGAGAAUCCCUGCUGUGAGCAUUCAAGUGAAUUAACUUGUUCCCCCAAUUCCUCUCCUGAUAUAUCAGAUGAGUUUUUCACUCCUGAUCCGGAUUAUUUUUUCUCUCCAGCUGCUCAGGAAAACUCAGAACGAGAGACCUCAAGUUCUGAAGAUAAGUUAGAAGUAACCCAAGAAGCCUGUGUACAGAAACCAACCUCUACUGAUACAGGGUCAGGAGAGAAAAUAUUUAUCUGCAACGCAGCAGUAAAAGGUCUUGGCAGUAACGAAGUGGGAAUGAAUCAAGUCAACCAUACUCCUGUAGCCAGUGCUGAAGCAUCACAAGAAAUGAUACCUAAGGAGACACUGAAAGAGAUCAAAGAGAAAGAUAUAUCAUUGACAGAUAUUCAGGAUUUGUCCAGUAUUUCAUGUGAGCGAGAGAAUUCUUGUAAGGAUAUAACUUGUAAAACACCCAGAGUGAGUCAUGCACCAACUUGUGUCAGCACUCCACUCAGCCCAGGGAAAAAAGUGUCAUCAACCAUCAAGAAAUGCAGAGAUUGCCAUGAAAUUCCCCUGGAUACCUCUUGUUGGGCUACUCAGGAGACUUCCCUAACAGUGUCUAGUAGCUUCUUUACAGCCCAUGAAAAGGAAAAGAACUCAAAAACCCCCUUCCUUUCUUCAGAAACCUACUCCUCUGGAUUGACUGAGCCUAGUGGUUUGUCAGCACUCAGUGCUUCUUCACUUUUGAGAAAGGCCAGGAAAGAAUCUCGUAACCCAUUUCCUGACACUCAGCAGAGUGACCUACGGAAAGCUGAUUCGAGCCCAGCUUUCUCCCCGACAUCAGACCACUUUAUUAAUGAGCUGCCUCCACCAGCCCAGGAGCUACUAGAUGAAAUUGAAAAUUUAAAGCGGCAAGAUGCCCGCUAUCAGGACUUUGAGGAGAAAGGAUCCCAUACCCACAACAUGCCAAUGAAUGUUCUCACUCAAAUUAAUCCAGAAGACAAAGAGGAGGAAGAAGAAAUUGAGAAUAAGGGAGAGAUAGAUCACAACGUAUGGACUAAAGAGAUACUGAAUCUAGCAGAAGAAACAGAAAGUAGAGCUCAUUCUACUCUUGAUGAUCUCUUAGAAAAAAUUCUCCAACCAAUUCCAGAGGAUGACGAAGUCCAAGGAGAACCUUGUGGACACCUUGUUAGGGCAACAAACCUUAAAGAUCAAGGAGAUGAUGAAAUGAAGAAUGGAAUAGAGGAAGGUGGCACCAGGGCAGAAAGCAGAGAGACCGAAAGCUGUGCAGGGAAUACCGAAGCUACAAAUCCUGGGGAUCCAAAAUCCAGCUUAUGGCAGCGGCUGCCUUGGCCUUCUCCAUUCAGGGUAAUUGUCCUGGAUCAGAGCAGCGCACCUAAGUGAUCAAAGUCGAUAGCAUAUAAACCUUCAAUAAGUUGUUUGACAUCUUCCUAUUUCUGUGAUGUGCAAUGCUGUUCACCAAAUAAGCAGUCUUAUAGUUCUCGGACUUCCUUUAAUUGUAACAAUCGAUACAAAGAGACUGAAUGGUUUGCUCUCCAAGUACAUCUGGUAUAUUAAGUUUUGGUUCAUUUUUAUUUAGCAAUCGCUUAUAAAUGAGAGGCAGCACUCUGAAUUAUGCUGUAAAAUGGAAUUGUUUUCCAAAUAUAACUGUGCCUGUUAAGCCUUCUACAGCUUUGUUUUCUCCUUAGCAUGCACACUCACUUUCAUAAGUUAAAGCAUUUCUUGCUCUGUUGCAUUAUGCAGUUUUCGUUAUUGACAAAAAUGAGUCUCUUUAAAUUGCUGCUGCUGCUCUUGCUCUCCUUAGCUUUUCAGUGCCAGGGAGUGGAACAUGGUGUUACAGCCCACGUGUGCAUUGCUUCGUUUGCUCAUUAGAUAUGACAAGGUAAUUUCUUGUUUUCUCAUUUCGUGGAAUUCUUGUGACAUAAAUUGAACUGACUGAAAUGAUUUAGAGGAUUUAUCUUUGUGCAAAAGUGAAUGAGAAAAAGUGAGUACUAUGAAGGCAGCAUAACAUACAUUUCUAGCUUCAGGCAGCGAUGUGUGACUAACUGGUUGAUAGUGUCAAGACCUCUCUUAUUUAAUCAAACCAUGCCUCUGAUGGGCCUGAUCCAAAGCCUAUCCAAAAGAAGAGUCCCAUUGAUUUAAUUAGACUUCCAACCAGGUCCUAAAUGGGCACAAGUACUUUAGAAUUGAAUAUCUGUUCUACAGCACUGUGUUGGUUCAGUAACCCUGUGAAGUUUACAGCUGCUGCUGGUCACUUCGGCAUAAAUAUUGUGCCACUUUGUGUUAGGUUUUUAGCUGCACAUGCUGUUAUUGUGCACUUCAUGAGUCUGUCUCUCUCUCUCUUCCCUAAUUUUUUAUGGUGAGAUAUUAUGCAUGCCUGUAGCCAUUACAUGGGUUUACUUAUCUGAAUGUUAACAAUACUAAUAAAAGUCUUCUGAGUUUAGCAUGCUGCAAUGUGGUAUUUCUUGCUACUAUUUACUGCCUUAUAUAAAUGUAUUUCUAUUUUAGAUCAUACAUUUGGCUAAUUUUUCAGUUCUGAGCUAUUUCUGAAAAUAAUAAUUAAUAAUUACCUACCUCUUAUGUAGUGCUUUUCAUUAGUAGAUUUCAAAGCCUUCAGAAUCUUUUUUUAAUGACUUUCUCCGCAUAAUCCCCCUGGGAGGCAGGGCCCGGAUGUUAUCCCAUUGUGCAGGUGGAGAACCGAGUGGCAGAGAGGUGAAGUGACUCAACUAGUAUCACACAGGAAGUCUAGUGAAGCAGGAAAUUGCACCUACGUCUCCCAAAUCCUAGGCUAGUGCCCCACCGACCAGAUAAUCCUUACCCAGACUUUGUCAGAUUUUGUUGGUGUUCUUUCAGUGAGCUCUUUUGGGGAAAUGAAGUCCUUGAUCCAAGCUGAUACCAUGAGGUUUUCUUCUCAUUCAUAGUAAUGAUACUGACAGAACAACCAGCAACAGUGAGAUCAUGGUUUCCAAAUCUGCAUCCUGAAGUUUGUUGUAGGCACAAUUCCAUGUUUCACUCGGUGGUGCUCAGUGCACUGCAUGCGGGGUGGAGAUUUCACUUGAACUCUUGUGCAUUACAUAAUUAUUUUUUCAUCAAAGUUUUCUGUGGUAGGAUUUUAUUUUCUGCAGAUGGGCUCAUUUUAUUAGCUUUUUUACAAACACUGCAGUUUUCUAUGUCUACAUUCUGUGCCUUUGCCCCAGGCAGGGGGACUCUGGACUUGGGAUAGUGUUGCUGGUGCAAGACUUGGUAUGUGUCUACAUGGGACUGUGGAAGGCAUCAUAAUAUGUUGCAAUCUGCCACAGUAUCACGAAUGGACAGUAGUGACAAAUGGACACAAAGGCUCCUACCCUAAAUGCAGUGUGAAAUCCUGUCGUUGGUGGGUUGUACCCACUCCUGACAGAUACCAGUGGGUAUUUGUCUCUCUUACUCUUUGACAACACGUGCAUAAAUUGCCAUGCCAAUAAAGCCUCACUGAAUUGAACUGAAGUUGUGAAAGGCAAAAAAUAAUAAUAAUAAUAAUAAUUAAUAAUAAAAAAUGGGGGCGUGAACCAGAAUUGGCUACUAGAUCUGUAUGCAGCAGGAAUCCAAUGGCCCCAAAUACCCUGGAACCAGCAGUUUAUGUCCAUUACCCUCCUCCAAUGCUGAGCAGUAGCCUUGCUGGACUCGCUGUAUAUACCCCUGGGUCCCAGAGUGCUGUAUUGGGGCUGAGCAUUCCAUCCCACGAGCUGAUGUUUGCCUGCAUUUUUCCAUCUUCCCAGCCUUUUUAUUCAGGCUUCAUUCCCUUUCUGAAGAGUAGGUCAUACACUAUAGAGAUAAACAUUAUCUUAUCUGACAUAGUAUUGCAAAUCCAGGAUAAUCUUACCUUUGAAGGGCAAGUAUUAUAGCUUCUGGCUUCUAUUUCAGUAUAUAUUAAAAAUGCGUGAAGUACUGAAUUUCCUUAUUUUCCCUAUGUUUUCACCUGAUGAAGCAAAUAAUAUCUGGUGACUUAGCUAUUUGGGAAUGGGUCUGCAUAUGACCAUCAUCUAUUUGCUUCUUCUCUGUCUGAGAGACUAAAGAGACAUGAAGCCCCAUUGUUUCUAUAGAUCCCCUGGCUACUGACCAACAGCAGGAGCUUUAUCGGCAAAUUCAGAAGGAAUUAAGUCAAAAUCUGCUCUCAGUUACGUGACUGCCACUCCCUGUUUUGGCCCACUGCCUACUCAGCUAUUGGUCACAAUAUUAAAAAAGCAAGAGGGGAAAGGUGGAAUUAACUAGGGAGAGGGAAGGAUUGGUUAACACACAACUCUUUAACAAUGUAAGAUGCACUGGCAGUCUUUAAGAUGUGUUUUGAUAUCUUUUUAAAAGAGAUGCUCUAGCUCAAACUGAAAUUAUGGGCUUGUUGCAGAAAUUAUUGACUGGGCUCUUUGGCCUGUGUUAUGUAGCAGGUCAGACUAGGUGAUCAUAAUGGUGCUGCUGGCCUUAAAAAUCUAUUGAAACAGGUACCUGGCGACUUGGCAAAGGCAUGCUGGUGAAUAGACACAUAGUGGCUGAGUACUUACUGACUUACCUGUAGGUUGGUACUGACAUAUGGGUUGAGUGAGUCAGGGAGAGUCGUGGGAGCUCAGCAUUCCUGAAUAUUAGACCUGUAGACAUGAAACCAUUUCCUGAAUGAGUUAGAAUCAGGCAGAAAUCCUGGGAGGUAACCCCCUCUUUGAUUCUCAACUCACAACCUUUUCAUGGAGUUACCCAGGAAUGGAUGCCGAGCUCAUGCUCAGAGACGGACUCUAGAACUGGGCAGUAGCUGCAGCUGGACUCUGAGACAAGAAGGAGCAAUCCAGUCAGGCAACAGCAUCUCAGCAGAAGGGUAAAUAAACAAGAGAGAAACAUUACCAUUGUCUGUACAUCAGUGUGAGUAGUUUAAGAGAAAUCCUUGAUGAGCUGGAAUGCCUGUGAUGGGGACAGGAGCUGACAGUAUCUGAACUUUCUCAAACACAGUGGAAUGAGUUUUGUUGAUGGAAUAUUGUAGCUCCUUGUUCUGUGCUAUACAGAAAAGAUGAAUUAGGUCAAGUAUGUGGGGGAGUAGGCUGUUCCAUUGAUUCACCCAAACUCCUGCUGCUGCCAGAAAGUCAUGGAAUCCGUGACUUCCGUGAUCUCUGUGACAGACUGCAGCCUUAUUUAUUAUUUGAUUUACCAUAAUGCCUAGGAGCCCCUAGUCAUGAACCAAGACCCCCACUGUGCUAGGGGCUGUACAAAACAGAGCUAAAAGAUAGUCCUUGCUCCAAAGAUGUUAUAGUCUAAGUUCAUAUUAACUGCUCAGUGGCCCACUCAAACGAGCCAUGUUUAUAGAGAGCAGCUUAUACUAUCCCCUCUGAUGAUAAUAUCAGAACAGUGGGUUGAUCUUAAAUCACCAUGUAGGUUGCAAUAUCUAGACAACAGCAUGCUGAGUAACUGAGUCUGUGUCUAUACUUAAAAUGCUACAGCAGCACAGCUGCAGUGCUUCAGUGUAGACAUUCACUGCAGCAAUGGGAGGCAUUCUUCCGUCACAGUAGUUAAUCCACCUCCCCAAGAGGCAGUAGCUAGGUCAAUGGAAGAAUUCUUCUGGCAGCCUAGCACCUUCUACACCGUGGGCUUAACUAUGUCGUCCAUGGGUGUGGAUUUUUCAGUGUAGACCAGCCCUAAGUUACUUUUAGUUCCAGCCUUUCAUUUUACCUGCAGUGCUGUUCAGAAGUUUACUUAAUUAUUAAACCAGCGGGUCUCAUUUAACUUUGCAACUUUUGCCAAUUUCAUUCUCAAUUUAUUGCUAAUUGAGAGAUUUCACAUGUAAUUAAUUUGAUUGAUUAAAGUUCAACAGCUGUAAAUAAAAAUGGGUAACGUAUCAGAUGGGAGAAAAAUAAGUGACUGGUGGCAUUUCUGAAUGUUAGAGCUGCAUAGAAUUACAGCUGAAUUGCAAAAUAAUUAAUUGAUUCAAGAUAACUCCUGUUACAUGAUUAUGUCCCGCAUGAUCUUGUCAAUGUAACUUGCUCUCUCUUGUCACUUAAUAUCAAGCAGUAGGGGUUCAGGUGCACACAUAAACUGACUUUAAUGGGAAAAGCUGGCUCCUUUUGUGUCUCAACUGCCACCUAAAACAAAAUGAUGAUAUUCUUAUUUAUGAUUUGUAUUACAGUAGCAUCUCCGGGCUCCUACUGAGAUUGAGCACAUACUAAGAGACAGCGUUUGCCCCAAAGCAUUUGCAGUCUAAAUAAUUGUUUGGCUUAAGACAGUUUAAUAGGAAUACAUUUAUCUAUAAAGCAUUUAAAAAUACUGCAUGCUUUCCUCUCCCAACAGCACUGCAAUAUUCUAUAGCAAUGGUCCAGAACUUGAUAGCAGAGGGUUAAAGGGGUGCAGGGUAUUAGUGUACAAUCCUGUGGUUAUUCUGAAUCAGAGAGGCAUUUUGUUGCAUAAUGGCCUCUUUUAACAAGCAAAAAAGUGUUUUCUUCUGAAAAUGGCAGGUUUCUAAACCAUUCUUCUUUGUUCCUUUGACCUGAGGAUUUUUUAAGUUUACAAUAUCUCUCACUCUGCUUCCAGAGAGAGCACUUAUAAAGUAGCCCCAGUGAUGAGUAACUUCCUUGUUUGCUUCUGAAAGUCCAUAGUACCUGACAGGCCCCAUUUAGUGAUCUGACCCAUUUAUUUUUCAGUGCUGCAUAUAUGAAUGACAUUAUACAGAUGGAGGCCUGGUGUGCUGGAGGUGUAUAUCUAAAUCAUCACAAUUAUGAUGGCCAAACCUCUCCAUGUGGCUGCAUGUGCCAGCUUGCCAGAGAUGAGAGAUGGUCAAUGUCCUGUCAGAGAAUGGUGCAAACCCAAGUUCGUAGUGUCAUCAGCAGAUUUGUAUAGGAGAAGAGGAUCAGACUGAGAGGAAUAAUGAAACAGCAAGACCAAACCUGAGGCUCUGCUCAACCAGUGUGUUCUGAACUCCCCAGGGUUUUUGAGAACAGAGCCUGCUUCAGCUGCUGAGGGGUUUGCAGCUAAAUCAAACAACCUUGGUGUGUUUUGGAUUGGAGUGUUCCUACUCUAGUGAGAGGAGUGUUAAUAAGAGUGAUUCCCCUCCUGAAUUGCAAACCAGUCGUUGCACGGAGUCACAAACCCUGUAUUUGAAAUUGCAACCCCCGCCGCCACGCACACACACUUGGUGCUUCUACUGACUUUCUUCUGCAAACAGGCUUGUAAAAUGCCUGCAAAUUAUUCAGUGCCAAAGGCUGCUUUGAAAACAUGGCUUUGUAUGAAUAAUAGCUCCAUAGAUCUCAACAGAGAGCAUGAAUACAGGAAGCAGUUAACAGUGCUGAGCAUUGCCACAUAAACUUCUGAUUUGCAACUGGAGCUGUUUUUUGUAAGAACACAAUCACGCACUUUGCAACAAACAGAGGACAGCUAGCCAAGAUGAGAUAAGUGUCCAAAUCUAGUAUACAUUUAGUUGCAUAUCCUGUAUUAGGCUAGGCAGUUGAUAAGUUGGUCCUAUGUACACUGAUGGGAAAACACAUGCAGUCUGAUAUUUGGUAACAAAGAAGGACUCAUGAGAAGGGACUCUUGGGAAUAUUCAGUAGGAGGUUUGAAAUCCAAAGCUACUGCCUUCAUUUUGAGAUGCUGAAUAAAAAAGGCUAGUAUUGUUAAAGAGCCAGUGCUCCCUAAGCUAGAUGCCACCCUUUAAAUAGGAUCUUCACCUCUGGUACCAAUUUAGCUACUCACCGUCUUGAACUCUGAAUAUAAACCUUUGGCAAAUAAAGUUAAAUCUUCCAAAUCUACAGAACUCAGCUGAAAGUGGAAUUCCACAGGUAGCUGUAAUCUCAUCUUUUGGAUAAAAUGACUUUAGAAAUAUUUCCUUGCUCCUUUAUGUAGCUUUUAUUUGAACAGCAAAUUCACAAAUUUGUCACUGCAUUCCUUGAUGCAUAUUGGAAAUAUUAUUUAUCAAUCAUCUUAAGAGCCACAGAGCGUGUUGUACCAUUUGGCUAAAAAAACCCCAUGCACUGAAGCACUCUCAGAGCAGCCAUAUUCCUUUUAAAAUGCCUCCCUGGUAACGUUACUAAAUAACUUCUUUUAGUGACACUACUGGAAACCUCUGAACCCCACUCAGGGUUUUUCCACACAAUUGUAGUGCUUUAAAUUUUCAAAGCAAUGUACAAACCUCACAAGGCCCCAGUGAGGUAGAUAAAUAUCCCCGUUUUACAGAUGGGGAAGCAGAGGCAGAGUGGCUGAGUGACUUUGCCCAAGGCCACACAGCAAGCCACAGGCAGAGCUGAGAUUAAAAUGCAGAUGUUCCAACUCCAAAAAUAAAUCCACUAGCUAGCUCUACUCUGGGUUUUAAUUUUGCACCUUUGAUUUCCCCCACUAGGAAAUACCUCUUUGUUGCUUAGUUCAUCUGCUUCUGCUGCUUAUCCCCCAUGUGGAUUCAUAACCCUUUUUGAACCCAGCAGGUACUUGUAAUGUCACAGAGAAUAUCUACUCUGAGUUUCUGUCAGGGGUCAGUAUGCCUUGUAAAACAAUCCUAAGGAAGCAAAACAAUAGCAUUUUUUCGUGAUGCACUUGUAACAUUCCAACAUUGUCCCAAUACAAAUUGGAAGCCAGAUCCUGCUCUUCACUCAGCUGACUUCAGUAGGAUUACCACAUGAGUAAAACAAGCAGGAUUUGGCCCUUGGUUUUUACAACUGGCAAAAGAAACAUUUUUUUCCAGGUAGAAUCAGCUGCUGCUGAGCAAUUUUUGCCCCUGAAGUGCUCUGAAAAGUUAAGAUCAUAAAAAAAAGUGCAUAAAGUCCUAAACGAUUCGUCUAGUGCCUGUGAAAACUGACGACCUCAAAGGAGGUGAAAGUCUGUCAUGUUCGUUGUCAUUCCAGCAUCUGAGAGUUUAAAAUGCGGCAUUGUGGACUGAGCGAUAACUGUACAAAUAGGGGGAGACUCAGAGCUGAACCUUUAGAAUUCACCUUUUUUUUCCUUUUUAUUUUGGGUUCUAUUUAUAAAUAUUAACAAAUCCAACAAAAAGUACACAUAGAUAAUACUGAAAUACAAAAUUGUUGUAGGAUGCAGUUAAGGACAAUUACUGCAGCCUUCACAUUGUAGCAAAACAUUGGUAUCAAACAUUUAACAAGUUCUUGCAUGACAACAACCAUCUUGCAUGCAAUUUAUAUAUACAGCCCAGUUAAAAAAGACUUCAAUACAAAAUGAAAAAAUGCACACAUUAUGUCCCACUCCACAUUAGGCAUAAACCAGUGUUAUGGCAAAAUAUAUGCUUAAACAAAUGGUACUUUUAAAAUAACUGACAAAAAGGGAGAGUCCCUAUUAUUCCUGGCCAUUCUAAGAGCCUCAUUAUCAGAGCCCUUGAACACAUGCAGCUCCCAUGGACGCCAGUGAGAGCUGUGGGGGCUCAGCACUUCUGAAAUCAAGCCCUAAAUAUCCUGCUAUAUUUUAAAGUGCUGGAAAAGUAACAUACAUGGGCAAGAGAGAAUUGGUGAGAUCAUCUAACUUGACAUACUGUUGGCAUUCAAAUAAAAUUCAUGCAUAUCUGCAUAAUUCACUACAAAUAUUACAUUGUUAAAAAGACCCUAAGAAGGUUUUCCCAUAUCUAACAAGGUGUACUAUUAUUAUAACUUUGAAAAAUAAAUGUAGGUCUAAACAGAUCUGAUUGUUGCCAAAAAGUGACCUUCAGCCCCAAAAUACAUGUUUAUUAACUACUACGUAGUAGAGAGUAAAGACUUGAAUGUAACUAUGGACCUUUUCAAUAAUGCAUGGGUUAAAGGCUUCUGAAAAUUCUGACAUGCAGCAUUUUGCAGUUAGUUUAGCUCAUUUGUGACUUCUUGUGUUUGCAGAAAAACCUGUGAACUGUCUUGGACAAGGUUAGGAAAAUAGAACAGUGUGGUUAAUGAAAGGAAGAGAGGAAACUUUGAUCCAGUGUAUGGUGUGACUGUGACAGAGUAGAGAAUUUUGGUUUGGGAGCUAUGUGUUUGGUAGCGGGAGAGAUUCUAGAACCAACUUUUUAUUAGAUUGGAUCACUCUCAAUAACUCAGACUUGCAGUUGUCCCUUGCACAUUCCACCAGGGAUUGAUUAUGUUCCCACAAAACUACCAAUGAUGUCAGUAGGGCAAAAUCAGGGCCUAAGUCUUUGGACACUGACUGAAGCCAGCCCAGAUGCAAAGAACAGAUUUGUAGAGGGGAAUGGAUAAUUGGCCUGCCUGGGGAGUUAUGGAGUUACAUACACUGUUAAGAAGGCCGAAUAAAGGAAGAGACAAAGCCAAAUUCUCUGUCCCUAACACGUGUGCAAUGCCCACUGGAGUCCAUGAAGGUUGUGUGCAUGUAAUCAAAGGCAGAAUUUGACCCAUGGCACUUACUGUAGCAUCAAAUCUGCCUCCUCUUGCCCUUCUAGCUGGUGGCAAGUCUUUGGGGGUUCUGCUCAUUCUCACUAACCUGAAUGAAAUGUCUGCACUAAAAGUAAAAUCUGAAGAUAAGUUUCAUUGAAAAACAGUCCUGUUCAAACCAGCUGUGUAGUUGACAGGAAGAAAGGCAGAUUCAUGGUUUCCUAAAAAUAGCAGCUGCAUUGAAGUGCUAGUGUGAAGUCCCACUGUCUGUAACAGAGCAAGAGUAAGUGCUGGAAUGGAAUGGUCUGUAGAUUUUCUGAUCUUUCUUAAAUAUCAAAACUUCUCUUAGCAAAUGUGAAGCCUUAUAUUAUUCCUGGUGAGGCUGCAAGUGCCUACUGUAUAUAAGGAAGUAUGUGUAUAUAUAUAUAUUUAUAUAUAGCCUUAUAUAGCUGCACAGCCCUUUUAGCAUACUGGUAUACUUCAUAUAGAUUAUCAGACAGGACAAGCAUUACAUUUCUGAAAGAAAAGCAAACAGUCCUCAUCGAUUAUUGGAGAAGAUGAUCAUUUCAAACCGUGAUGUUUAAGUGCAUUUCGACUGUUCGGGCCCAAACCACAGAAACUGACAACCAGAAAUGUGGCACAGUCGCCUUAGUAAAACAGUUCCAUUUAAUAAUGCUUUUUGCCCAUAGUAGCUACACAAACAAAAAGUGAUCCAUUCAUUUUGCAAGGCAGCAAGAAGAUAAUUCAGUAUAUCAAAUAGUUAGUAAAUAAGUCACAAUUCUAGUGCAUGCAGGCCAUUUUUUCUCUCAAUUGACCGUGUGUAUGUGUGUGUUGGAGAGAGGGGGUGCUCAGAGACACCUGGGAGAAAACCCGAGGGGAUCGCACCCACUGAACAGAGAAAAUCAGUUGUAUCUUGUUCAGUGGUAUUUCCCUGCAGUCUGACCAUCAGUUGGAAUUUACCAAGCCACUCUUUCUUGCUGACUUAGUAUCCUUUUAAAUGUAGUAAGUAAACUAGAAGUCCAAAGGCAUGAAUUGUUCCUGGUUCUGGUUGUGAGAGAGAGAGCUGGGCUAUCUUCAGGGUCCCGGGCCUGUCUUUAGGGUCAAUCGCUGAGGAUGGCCCCUGGCAGCUCGUUUGUUAGUGUGUGCCAGCGCUCUAUUUUCUUGUCCUUGUUUUUCAGGCAAUCAAACCAGUGCUUCAGCCGCUCACCUUUGGCAUUAAUUCCUAACACUACUCCACCUUAGCACAGAGAGAGAGACAGUCAGCUCAUUCCACAGAGGGAACUUCUCAGUGAGGUGGGAACGCCGUGUGAAUCUCCUGGCUUUCUUUGGAGGAUGUUUGUCCCAGAGAAGGGGCGUGGAGCAGGAGUCACACCCACGACUGGCACAGGUGACCCACAGCAGACGUCAAGAGAAGAGUUGUGUGCAUCCCAGCUAAGGAACAGGGUAUGGCCCCUCCUGUGCAAAUGCCUUCAUCUGGUUUCCAGUCCACACUCUGCUUGCUGCUACAGGUCAUGUUUUCUAGACCUUUAAUCAUUUUUCUUGCUCUUCUCUGGACUUUCACCAAUUUGUCUACGUCUCUCCUGAAAUGUGGUGCCCAGAACUGGACACAAUAACGUGAGGCCUUACCAGCACAGAGUAGAGCGGAAGAAUCACUUCUCAUUCUUGCUUACAACACUCCUGCUGAUACAGCUAGGUGAAAAGUCAGCCAAAGGGCAUUUCAGGUAUCCUGGAUCAAAGUACAUUUUCAGAGGAACAAAAUCCUGCAGCCUACUGUGUUUAUCAGUUAGAGACUGGAAGGUAAAACUUCACGGAAAUAAAUCUACUCUGUCCUGCUGGAAUCUGUCCUGAGGAAUGAGGAAGCCAGCUAAAUCACAUGCCACUGACUUAUGAAAUUGGCAUCUCUGCUCUACACGCUCUCCUUUAAUUGUUUGUAGUUGUCACAGCUGGAAAGGGCUUGGCAAGGACAGCCACUGUGAGAAUGGCAUGGCUAUUACAAAGGAAAACAAGACAGUCUGCCAGUGAGACACCAAUUAAGUAGGGAGCAGGGAAUGCACUGAUCUCCCUUUGGUGAAGAAAUGACACAUUGUUACCUGGAUGGGAUCACACUUAGAAGGGAGUGAGAUGUAGACUUGAUGAUGCACUAAACAUGUGAAAGCUCUUUGCAGGGGGUUAGGAGAGAGGUGUGGAUGCACACACACAAUACACCCACCCUACCUCCUCUCCAGAAAGUGCUGAAAUAAAUGCUGAGUCAACACG